AAGUAUUUUUUUGUAACUUUAGAUUCUUUAGUAUACUUAGAUGCAUUAGUUACUAUGAGGAUACCAUAGAAAUGGAAUUGUCACUUCAUAAAAAUGUCCUCUGCACAUUCGCACACAAAGAAUCGCAAUUCAAAAUAUCACUUGCUUGUUAACACUCCACCAACAGAAAGGCACAGAGGGAAAAAAUCCGAAGUUGUGUAUUCACUUGGCACUGACACAAUGGCUAGUGAUUCAGCACCCCUCAUUAACUCGCAGGACAGUAAUUUUGAUGAAGAUGAUUAUCUCUCAGAAGGCAGUCGUAAAACCUAUGGAAUGUAUUCUAGCAAUGGUUCAUCCAAGAAAAAUAAAAAAUCAUGUUGCGGAAAGUGUUGGUGGUGUUUGUGUGGUGGUUGGUGUGGGUUGUGUGUUGGGAGCAUCGGAAGACUGUUUUCAAGCAGUCCAGAUUAUGAACCUAGAAGAGUAAUUUUUGGUUGCAAGCCUGACCAUGUAGAUGCUCCAAAUAUCAUAAGAAAUCAAAAAUAUUCUAUUAUCACAUUUAUUCCUUUAGUUUUGUUUCACCAAUUCAAAAUUUUCAUCAAUCUCUACUUCUUGGUAGUAGCAUUAACACAAUUUGUUCCAUCACUGCGUGUUGGACCAUUGUAUGCUUAUUGGGCUCCCCUGGGCUUUGUGUUGUGUGUAACUCUUCUGAAGGAAGCAUAUGAUGACGUGAAGAGAUUCUUACGAGAUAAAGAAGCAAAUGCACAGAAAUAUAUAAAAGUUACUGAAAAAGGAACUAAAGUCAUAGCAAGUUCUGAAAUUCAUGUGGGAGAUUUAAUCAUAGUAGAAAAGAAUCAACGGGUUCCUGCAGACAUGGUGUUUUUACGCACAACUGACAAGUCAGGAACUUGCUUUGUUAGAACAGACCAGUUAGAUGGUGAAACUGAUUGGAAAUUGAGAAUAGCUGUUCCUGCGUGUCAGCAUUUGCCAUCAGAUCAAGACUUAUUCCACCUGAAUGCUUCAGUAUAUGCUGAAAAACCUGAAAAAGACAUCCAUAAUUUCAUAGGAACAUUUAGCAAGAUUAAAGGAGUUGAAAGGGAAGAUGAUUCUCUAAAUGUAGAGAAUACAUUAUGGGCAAACACAGUUGUCGCUUCAGGAGCUGCAUGUGGUGUUGUUAUAUAUACUGGGAAGGAAAGCAGAAGUGUUAUGAAUACGUCAUCGCCUGUUUCAAAGUUUGGUUUGCUUGACAGCGAGUUAAAUAACUUGACAAAACUUCUCUUUGUUGGUACCAUUGGAUUGUCACUGUCUAUCAUGGUGCUAAAGGGUUUUCAAGGACCUUGGUGGAAAUUUCUCACAAGAUUCGUUAUUCUAUUUUCUUAUAUCAUCCCUAUCAGUUUACGUAUUAAUCUGGACAUGGCAAAGUUGGUCUACUCAUGGUUCAUCUCGAGAGACAAAAACAUACCUGACACAGUAGUCCGCAGCAGUACCAUCCCAGAGGAACUUGGUAGGAUAUCCUACUUGCUGACUGAUAAAACUGGAACGUUGACUCAAAACGAGAUGAUUUUUAAGAAGUUACAUCUUGGGACGGUGUCCUUUGGACAGGAUUCUAUGGAUGAAGUUCGCACGUACUUAAGUUCGGUAUUCUCGGCGCCGGCUACCGAGUCUGUUUCAGCGAAGAAAACGAUUCGUCGCACUGUGGUGACACGUGUUUACGAAGCAGUGAAGGCGUUAGCGUUGUGUCAUAACGUCACACCAGUUAUUGACGACACGUAUAUGUUUCCAACAAAUGUCGUCAACGGCGCCGUGGAGAUGACGGAGAAACCGUCAGAAAGUGAAAUCGUCUAUCAAGCUUCCAGCCCAGACGAGGUUGCUCUGGUUUCGUGGACAGAAAGUGUCGGUUUAACGUUGAUAAAUCGCGACCUCACCGAAAUUCACUUACGUUCGCCAUUAGGAGACGUGUUGAAAUACAAAAUGUUACAGCUCUUUCCAUUCACGUCUGAAACGAAAAGAAUGGGUAUAAUCUUGAAGGACGAACAAACCAACGAAAUCAUCUUUUACAUGAAAGGAGCAGAUGUCGUGAUGCAGAAUCAUGUCAACUACAAUGAUUGGCUGGAAGAAGAGUGUGGCAACAUGGCUCGUGAAGGAUUAAGAACCUUAGUCGUUGCGAAGAAGGUUCUGACCGAAGAGCAGUAUUCAGAUUUUGAGUACCGAUACAAUCAAGCUAAGCUUGCUAUGGACGACAGAGCUGGGAAGGUUUUAAAAGUUGAAGAAAGUUUGAUCUAUGAUAUGGAACUGUUAUGUCUGACUGGUGUGGAAGACAAGUUGCAAGUUGAUGUGAAACCAACGCUGGAGUUACUAAGAAAUGCUGGAAUAAAGAUCUGGAUGUUGACUGGUGAUAAAAUGGAGACAGCUAUUUGUAUUGCGCAAAGUUCACGUUUGGUUUCCAAAACUCAAAGCAUUUACCAGUUUAAAUCAGUUACGAAUCGCGCUGAAGCUCACCUCGAGUUAAAUGCAUUCCGAAGAAAGAACGACCAUGCGUUGAUUAUCAAAGGCGAUUGCUUAGAGUUGGUGAUGAAUCACUAUGAGCAUGAAUUUAUGGAGCUUGCAAUUCAAUGUCCCUCCGUCGUUGUGUGUAGGUGCACUCCUACUCAGAAAGCUGACAUCGUGCGACUUAUUCGCGUGCAUACGGGUAAGAGAACAUGUUCUAUUGGUGAUGGAGGCAACGAUGUCUCGAUGAUUCAGAUGGCUGAUGCUGGCGUCGGUAUUGUUGGCAAGGAGGGAAAACAAGCAUCGCUAGCUGCUGAUUUCUCAAUUACACAGUUCAGCCAUCUUGGACGACUGCUGUUGUGGCAUGGUAGAAACAGCUACAAGCGAUCUGCUGCUCUUGGUCAGUUUGUUAUCCACCGUGGACUGAUUAUUUCCGUGAUACAGGCUGUAUUUUCCUGUGCGUUUUUCUUUAUCUCUGUUCCAUUAUAUCACGGGAUGCUACAAGUUGGUUACUCAACAGUGUAUACGACAGCUCCAGUUUUCUCACUGGUGUUAGAUGUUGACGUCGGUGUAGACAUAGCUUUACGUUAUCCAGAACUUUAUAAGGAUUUGGUGAAGGGACGAAUAUUAUCAUACAAAACGUUUUUUCUUUGGCUACUUAUCAGUAUAUACCAAGGUGGCAUCAUCAUGUUUGGUGCUUUAUAUUUGUUCGAAGACGACUUCAUUCACAUCGUGUCCAUUUCAUUCUCCUCGCUGAUCCUCACGGAGCUGAUCAUGGUUGCACUGACUAUUCGUACGUGGCAUUGGUUGAUGCUAUUUGCAGAACUGUUGUCGCUAGUUAUAUAUAUUCUUUCGGUGAUCGUGUUAAAAAAAGAAUUCGACGAGAAUUUCAUCACGACCGGAGCGUUUUAUUGGAAGGUAACUGUCAUUACUUUGGUCAGCUGCUUGCCGCUGUACGUACUGAAGUUGCUUAGAAGACGCUUCGCACCUCCAAGUUAUUCAAAACUCACCGAGUAGAACGCAGAGGGCGCACAACAUUGCUUAUUCACCCAAUAAAAAAAGUAACAGAAAUAUUUAUGGCAUGUUAUAGUCUAUUUGAUUGUUGUUUUUGUUGACGUCGCGUCACGUGAUCUUCGAGUAAUAAACUAAUAAUUAGAACAGUAUUAUAAAAGCUAUCAAUUAUUGUAUUAUAGUUUAUUUAUUUUUUUAUUUUCUUCGUAUUUCUUUAUCAGAAUUUACGUAAUUUUA